AAAGGAGCCAUUUUGAAGCCUACCGAAAAAAAACUGCGUCACACCAGUCACAGUUAAAUACGAAGCUGCUGCAGUUCGUGCAGCUCUUUAUAUAUGAGGGUGUGCCUGCUUCAGAUUUCAAGACUGAUUGACAUAAUAACUCCCUCCCAACAUUCGGGCAUUCCAAGACAAAUCUAGUAAUAGGGUGAAUACAAAACAGCAUAUUAGAUAAGCCUUGUAUUUGGCAAGUACAGACAUCAUAUAUUAUACAACUUUAACAUGUCUAAUUCAGCUAUUUUAACUUAAUGGCAUAUAAUAAAAUCGAUCAUUAAUAUUUGUAUGUUUUGGUUGAGACUGCAGCCACAAUAUGGAUGGGACACAGCCAUCCAUUGAUGAAGAUAUCCGCUCAGUAACCAGUUCAUUGUCUUCAAAAAAAUCGGACUCACCAGACUCCAGCCAUGUGUCUAUAAAGAGUGACUGGUCAAUGGAACCACCACCACUUUUAGACAAUAAAAAUAAAUCAUCAGACUCACCGGAGUCCAGCCAUGUGUCUAUGAAGAGUGACUGGUCAAUGGAACCACCACCGCUUUUAGACAAUAAAGAUAAAUCAUCAGACUCACCGGAGUCCAGCCAUGUGUCUAUGAAGAGUGACUGGUCAAUGGAACCACCACCACUUUUAGACAAUAAAAAUAAAUCAUCAGACUCACCGGAGUCCAGCCAUGUGUCUAUGAAUAGUGACUGGUCAAUGGAACCACCACCACUUUUAGCCAAUAAAAAUAAAUCAUCAGACUCACCGCAGUCCAGGCAUGUGUCUAUGAAUAGUGACUGGCCAAUGGAACCACCAUCAUUUUUAGCUGAUAAAAAAAAAUUAUCAGACUCACCAGAGUCCAGCCAUGUGUCUAUGAAGAGUGACUGGCCAAUGGAACCACCAUCACUUUUAGCUGAUAAAAAAAAAUUAUCAGACUCACCGCAGUCCAGCCAUGUGUCUAUAAAGAGUGACUGGCCAAUGGAACCACCAUCACUUUUAGCUGAUAAAAAGAAAUCACCGGACUCACCAGAGUCCAGCCAUGAGUGUAUGAAAAUUGACUGUUCAAUGGAACCAUCACCAAUUUUAACUGAUGGAAAUAAAUCAUCUGCCCACAGGUCAAAUCUGCUGAAAAGGUGUCAGUGUCUGUAUGAGGGAACAGUGAUGCAGGGAGACCCAACACUCCUAAAUGAGAUCUACACAGAGGUCUACAUCACAGAGAGUGAGAGUGGAGAGAUCAGUAAUGAGCAUGAGGUGAGACAGAUUGAGACACAAUCCAGGAGAUCAACAACAGAGGACACACCGAUCAAAUGCAGAGACAUCUUUACACCUUUACCUGGACAAGACAAAGCCAUCAGGACUGUGCUGACGAAGGGAGUUGCUGGCAUUGGAAAAACAGUCUCUGUGCAGAAGUUCAUCCUGGACUGGGCUGAAGAGAAGGAGAAUCAGGACGUCCAGUUCAUAUUUCCUCUUCCUUUCCGAGAGAUCAAUCUGAUGGACAAAAAGUUCAGUUUACUUAGUCUUCUUCAGACCUUCUUUACGAGGGAGAUACAUUUAGAUCUGAUUCAAAACUCUUCUAUCAUCUUCAUCUUUGAUGGUCUGGAUGAGUGUCGUCUUCCUUUCAACUUUAGCAGCAAUGAGACUCUGAGGGAUAUGACCAAAGAGACAUCAGUGGACGUGCUGCUGACGAACCUGAUUAUGGGGAAUCUGCUUCCCUUUGCUCUCAUCUGGAUCACCUCCAGACCAGCAGCAGCAGAUCUCAUCCCCUCUGAGUGUGUCCAUCGAGUGACAGAGGUACGAGGUUUCAAUGACCCUCAGAAAGAGGAAUACUUCAGGAAGAGAAUCAGUGAUCAGAGUCUGGCCAAUACAAUCAUCUCACACCUGAAGUCCUCCAGGAGCCUUUACAUCAUGUGCCACAUCCCAGUGUUCUGCUGGAUCUCAGCCACUGUUCUGGAGAAGAUGUUGAGUGAAGCAGAGACUGCAGAGAUUCCCAAGACUCUCACUCAGAUGUACACACACUUCCUGAUCCUGCAGACCAACAUCAAACAUCAGAAGGACUAUGAGGAGAAGCUGACAGAUGAAGACAUGAUCUUCAGACUGGGGAAACUGGCGUAUGAGCAGCUGGAAAGAGGCAAUGUAAUCUUCUAUGAGGAAGACCUGAGAGAGUGUGGCAUUGAUGUGGCAGAAGCUUCAGUUUACUCAGGAUUGUGCACUCAGAUCUUCAGAGAGGAGUUUGGCUUGUAUCAGGCGAAAGUCUUCAGCUUUGUUCAUCUGAGUGUUCAGGAACAUCUAGCAGCUCUUUAUGUGCACCUCUCCUUCACAAACCACAACAUAAACGUGUUUGAGCAAAUGACAAAAUCAUUUGAGGGCUUUAAAACUUUAAAUAUACCUGCACUGCAAUUGAGAACUUUUAAUGUGGGAUUGAUUGAGUUGUCUGAACCAGUCUGGACAGAUGUGGGUGAAAUGUUUGAACUGGACUGCAGAGUUGUGAAUGAAAUAUCUGCACUGCAUUGCAGAGCUGUGGAUAAGGUUUUACAGAAUAAAAAUGGACACUUGGAUCUUUUCCUGCGGUUUCUUCUGGGUCUGUCAGUAGAGUGUAAUCAGAUUCUCCUACAAAGGCUAAUGAAACAGAGAAGACACUUUUACAGCGACAAUAAAACAGUUGAAUACAUCAAGAAGCAGAUCAGAACCAUUAACUCUCCAGAGAAAUCCAUCAGCCUGUUUCACUGUCUGAAUGAACUGGGUGAUUAUUCACUAGUGGAGGAAAUACAGCAGUAUCUGACAUCCGGAAAAAUAAAAGAGUCCAAACUCUCUUCAUCUCAGUGGUCAGCUGUAGCUUUUGUUUUGCUGACCUCAGAGAAGAAGCUGGAGGAGUUCCGGCUGAAAGAGUUUGUUGGAGCAGAAACUAAAGCUGAUCAUGUUCUUCAAAAGCUGCUGCCUGUGGUUAAAGAAUCCAGAAAAGCUGAGUUAAGCAAGUGUGGUCUCACAGAGGAAUGUUGUACUGCUUUGGCUUCAGCUCUGAGAUCAAAGCUCUCACAAGUGAGAGAACUGGAUCUGUCUGGGAAUAAACUAGGUGAUUCCGGUAUGAAGACUCUCUCUUCUGGACUUGAAAAUCUUCACUGUAAGCUAGAGAUACUCAGGUUGAGAAGUUGUGGAAUCACAGCUACAGGUUGUACCACUUUGGCUUCAGCUCUGUGGUCAAACCCUAAACAUAUCAGAGAACUGGAUUUGUCAGAAAACAAUAUACGAGAUUGGGGAUUCAAGGAUCUCUUUAAUGAACUCAAGAAUCCUGACUGUAAAUUGGAGAAACUGGGGUUAAGCAAUUGUGGAAUCUCUAUUGAAGGUUGUGCUGCUUUGACUUCAGCUCUGAUAAUAAACCCAUCACAUCUGAGAGAGCUGGAUAUCAGUAGAAAUAGUCUUGGAGACACAGGACAAGAACUGCUCACCUCUCUUUUGAACUCUCAACAUCACAAACUAGAGAAACUACUGUUAAGCAAGUGUGGUCUCACAGAGGAAUGUUGUACUGCUUUGGCUUCAGCUCUGACAUCAAAGCUCUCACUAGUGAGAGAAAUGACUUUGUCUGGGAAUAAACUAGGGGAUUCCGGUAUGAAGACUCUCUCUUCUGGACUUGAAAAUCUUCACUGUAAGCUGGAGAUACUCAGGUUGAGUAGUUGUGGAAUCACGGCUAAAGGUUGUAUCGCGUUGGCUUCAGCUGUGAGAUCAAACCCUGAACAUCUCAAAGAACUGGAUCUGUCUAAAAAUAAUCUUCGAGAUUGGGGAGUCAGGCAUCUCUUUACUGAACUCAAGAAUCCUAAAUGUAAAUUGGAGAUACUGGGGUUGAGGAGAUGUGGAAUCUCUAUUGAAGGUUGUGCUGCUUUGACUUCAGCUCUGAUUAUAAACCCAUCACAUCUGAGAGAGCUGGAUAUCAGUAGAAAUAGUCUUGGAGACACAGGACAAGAACUGCUCACCUCUCUUUUGAACUCUCAACAUCACAAACUAGAGAAACUACUGCUUUACAAGUACCCAAUGACAUUCAUGUCUCUGCCCAGCUCCCACUUUCCAGAAAUGUUUCCACAGAGAGUCCGGCCACACACCCUAAACGAAUGAUUUACCACUGAGAAGCCAAAGUAUGAUUUUAACACAUGCUAGGGUAAGCGUGUAGUGCAUCUAAUGUACAUUGUUAAACAUCAACAGUUGGUCCGCCUUAUCUGCACACAGCCUGAUUUUUUUAAUAGCAUGUAGUGCACAUAGUAUCAGCUAACAGGCUUUAAAUCAUCUUUGGAGAAAGUUACUCCUUUUCCAUAGACAUAAUUCUGAUUAUGAUGGCUCCCAACUUGUGACUGGGAGUGCAAGAGUACCAUCUGUUUAUGCACUGCCAGGCCUAGAAUCACUUCAAGUUCUGUCAACACCAAAAGAGAAGUGCAAAACAUCAUGCAGAAAACACCAUUAUGCACAAUGUUUUAAAUGAAGCACACAGCCAAUUUACGACCGGCUCUAGUUCAUCAAGUGUAAAGGCAAGUCUAUAGCAAAGAGUGUGUGUGAAAGGUAAGAUGUUAGCGAAGAGCAUGUAAAUGCUAGAAAAGAGCAUCUAGAUGUAGCGGAGGCCAGCUAUUGAAGUGCUAUGCAGGUAAACCUCACUUCUCUGACCUCUAAAUGUGCUGUAGCGACAGACACUAGAAGCCAUGGUUUCUAGUCUCCUUGUUAGAGCAACCGACUCCCAUGCAAAGAAUCAUCAGUUUGAUCCCAGCUUGAAGUGGGUUGGGUGGUGUAGGACAGGCGGGGUUACAUAGACAUUAGUGAAGAGCUAAUAUGAAGGGCAAAACAAAUAUGAAAACAGUGCAAGGGGCGACACUGUGGCGCAGUGGUUAGCAUUGUCACCUCACAGCAAGAAGGUCGUUGAUUUGAGUCCCAGCUGGGUCAGUUGUCAUUUCUGUGUGGAGUUUGCAUGUUCUCCCCAUGUUGGCGUGGGUUUCCUACGGGUGCUCGGUUUCCCCCACAGUCAGAAUUGAAUAAACUAAAAUGGCCGUAGUGUAUGUGAGUGUAUAAGUGUUUCCUAGUACUUGGUUACAGCUGGAGGGGCAUCCGCUGUGUAAAACAUAUGUUGGAUAAGUUGGCGGUUUAAUACGCUGUGGCGACCCCUGAUGAAUAAAGGGACUUAGCUAAAGGAAAAUGAAUAAAUGAAUAAUUGAAUGAAUGAAAACAGUGUAUGCGACAGGUAAGACAAUAAUAAAGAACAUGUACUGUAGAUGUUAGCGAAGAAUGUACAGAAAGAUGUUAGUAAAAAUCAUGUAUAUAAAGGCAAGAUGUUGGUAAAGAGGAUCACGAAAAAGAGCAUGUGUGUAAGGCAAGUAGGGCUGCUGUAGCAUGGUAAAUUAGGACCAGUGUUCAAUGCAUACUGAGGAUUUUUGGGGAAACCCCUUUUUUUAUUUAGUGGUGAUGUGGGGGUUUAUGGAGGUUGGCGGUGUGUAAUCUUUCGUACUUACAAAGAACAGUUUCAAGUGUAUGCACUACUUGAUUUAUGCAGCAAAACUGGUUCUGAACUUUGUGCAUUAUUUUGGCAGAUGGCAAGAUCAAGAGAUGUGCAGGCAAAAAUUAAGAUACAAAAGGAAAUGAAGGCACAAAUUAGAGAUAAGAGCGAGAUGGGGAAGACAGCUGACUGAGUGGGACAGUACAAUAGUUUUAACAAAUUCUUCCCAUGUAUAGAGUAUAAAAAAAUAGAAAAAAAAGGAAAAUAACAAUUUAGAACUUGUAAACAGCCAAUUAUUUGUACACUGCUCAUUAAAAAAAAAAAAAACCCGUCUCGACCUGGAUUUAAACAAGAAAAUAAGGCAAGCGCCUCCCAUUGUAUAACUACGACAUGGCUUACGUUUCAGGCAUCAAGCAAAAAAUAAAAUAAAAUCCAAGGAAAUUGCUGAAACUACCUGAACUGGGUUAAGAACUGCCCAACACAUUACUAAAAACUGGCAGAUUGUGGAAAACCAUUAAGUGGCCAAAAAUAUCUUGAAUGAUGAAGAUUGCCUAACAUUUAAAGGGGUGGUCCAGAUUGUAUUUUUAAGGUUGGUUGUGUUUAUAAUGCUGUGUUCACACCAGACGUAGUACGCGCGGAUACACCGUGCUAUUCACGCAAAAAUAGACGCUUAAACGUUUUGAGUUUACUUGCUUCAUUCACAGCCCUGCUAAAAAAAUC